AUGGACGAAGACACAUCAUCUGACGAGGAGUCCAUAGGGGACGAUUUUCAAGAUGUUAUUCAGAAUCACACUUAUUCUAUUUUGUCAGGAUCGAGUGAAGAAGAGAAAGAGAAAGAUGAUGUUAAGAAAAGGGCAAAGAUUACUCCCGAACUUAAUGACACUAAACGCGUAAAUUUGGACGUACAUGUUGAAGAAGAACCCACAGAUACUGAAGAAGACAGGCUAAAUCCAGACACAACUUUAAGGGGUUAUAGUGUCUCAGAAAUAGAUAGUGUGUUUCUCAACAUAGGUGGUAUGUAUUUCGAAACAAGUCUUCAAACUCUAACAUUGGAUCAAACAAGUCUGUUUGCGUUGUCUUCGAGGAAUGGAGAAUUAGGGGAGUCGAGGACUCUGACAUACGACAGAGAUCCAACUCAUUUUCGCAUGGUAAUAAACCAUUUAAGAAACAGACUUUUUACAGACACAAGGACAUUACCAGACAAUAUUGGACAAUUAUUAGAGUGUUUACAAGAGGCCCAAUAUUACGAAUUGGGUGCUUUACAGCGGACAGUAGUGUCAAAAUUGGAACAGCUGACAGUUGUGUCACCACUCACAUUUCCAAGGUGGACUUACAGCGCUAAUCAGUGA